GCUUCAUGUUGUCAAGAACAUGGAGAACUACAAGAUUGUGCAACAGCUGGGUCAAGGCGCCCAGGCGACAAUUUUUCUCGCCGAAAAAAAGGACACUGGCAAAUCUUAUGUCCUCAAAAAGGUGGAAUGCUUUGAUGAGAGUGAGGCAAACAAGGCAUUUAGAGAGUCUCAGGACCUGCUGAGCUUGGAGCAUCCCUAUGUCUCCGGCUACAACGAGUUCUUCAUCAUGUGGGAAAAGGAGAAUUCUUCAGUUUUCAUGACUAUAGUCAUGGAUUACUUCCCCCAUGGUAAUCUUGGCACCAUUAUGCAGAAACACAGGGAGAGCAAAGAUGUCAUACCAGAGGAGAAAAUAAAGAACUGGGUUGGCCAGGUGAUCGAAGGUUUGAUAUAUGUUCAUCAAAAAGGAAUCAUUCACAGAGAUUUACGACCUAAUAACCUUUACCUGCAAGAGGAAGGUAGUUUAAAGCUGGGCGAUUUCUCCGUAGCUACAGUGAUGGGAGACACUCGUACCUGCACCAGAGCUACCCUCAGCAGUGCUAACUACCUGGCACCAGAGUUGGAGGAUACAGGCUUCACUCCUGUAACUGACAUCUGGUCACUUGGCUGUAUCCUGUUUGAGCUUACAACAUCAACAUUUUACGAUGAGAAACAGGUCAUCGAAAAGAUGAAGGAGGCCAAGGAGGAUGCCUUUGUGUUGGAGCAGGUGUUUGAGGAUGUGGCUAAUCAUUACUCCGGAGAACUGAUCAGUCUUAUCCGUUUGAUGCUAAAGAGGAAAGACAGACCUUCUGCUUCAGACCUGAAGAAGAACAAUAAAUAUGUGAAGGUUUGUGUGGAGAUGACAGAUGCUUCGCAGCUGGAGAAGAGGAAACGACAAAAAUCAGCCCGUAAAGAAAAUCGUAUAGUACCAAAGGAAGGAGGUCUGAUCAAAGUACUAGAACAUCUGGCUACCAACAUAGAUUUUGAGGAACAGGUGCUUGAGUCGCUGUCCACAAUCCUGGAGAUGUGUAAGGAGUCGGAGACAUUACAAGUUGAUGCCACCGGUAAACGCCUCAUCAGUGUCGCCAUGCGUAACAACCUACCGCAGGAAAAUAUUCAGAUCACGGGAUGCAGCAUUUUUAAUCGCCUACUUGUGACUGGAAGCUCAGAUAUUUUUAUCACUCGUCAUGAUGUUAAGAGAAGGGUUUAUUUACCUGAUAAGCCAGGUGAUGCCAUAUUCUCAUCAGAUGUAAUCAGUAUAUUCCCUAGAGUUAUGGAGGAACAUAGUUCUAGUGCUGAAGUCCAGCAGGUUGCAGCAGCAUCCCUCAUGGCUCUGGCUUGUAACAGUGAAGCUGCUGAGGCCAUCGGUUUCCUAGGUGGAGUUAACCAUAUCCUUGAUGCCAUGAGGAGGUUCCCUAACAACCCGGAGCUCUGUGCCACGUGUUGCCAUGCAUUAUGGAGUCUUUCUGUCAUUGAAAACAAUGUGAAGAUUGUGACGUCGGAGAAGGGACUUGAGCUGGUGUGUAAUGCCCUGAAGACACAUAUGAACUCUCCUGAUGUAGCGGAGGCAGCGUGUGCUGCACUGCUCUCCACAACACUAAAUGAUGAGAACUUUGAGUAUGUUGGUGAUCUUGACUGUGUGGGCCUCCUGAUCAGCGCUAUAGACACACAUACCAAGAAUCCAAAGGUUGUGAAGAAUGCCUGUAUGGCCCUGGCCAGUCUGGUGGAACCUGAUGAGGAAAGUGCCUACAGAGUAUUGACAAAUGAAGCGACAGGCGGAGGUCACAUUUCAGGCAUUCCCAAGGUCAUGAGUGCUUAUGAACUCCACAAAGACAACGCUGAGGUGGUGGAGAGUAUAGCUACAUUACUCAUGGAACUGGCCGAGUAUGAUGAUGUGAGGGCUGAAUUGAGACAUUUGAACGUUGGACCCAAAGUACUCUCAGAAAUUUUCAAACGGUUCAAAGAAAAUGUGGACAUCAUGGCGCCCUGUGAGAAAGCACUGUCCCGUUUACAAGCAACCAUCCAGCAAAAGGCACAAGCAGCCGCCCAGCAAAAGGCCCUCAAAACAUAAAUCUAAAAAUAGAAACAUCUGUACUCAUUAGUGUGUCAUCCUGAUGGAGGAACUAAAAGUUAUGGAUGUAUUUUAUGUACGGACUUGUUGAAACCGAGGAGGAAAGAGUGUUUCCUUUGAAUUAUAAAUGACUGUACACACUGUCUUGUACAGAUCAUAGAUGGCGGCAACAUCAAGUUUUUCGGCUACUGGAAGACUCGACAGCGUAAAAUCACAUGGAGUGAAUAUUUGCAAUUAUAGCCUUGUGCUGGAAGUUAAAAAGUCAAUAUUUGUAAGAGCAACGAUCUGUUGGAAAUACUAUCUUGUUCUGUUUCAGAAACACCAAUAGUUCACCGAUAUAUACAAAUUGUAAUUCCUGGGACACAUUUGAUGUGGUUUUAUUAUAUUAUAUGUGGUAUCAGCUCCUAUAUAGUAAAAAUAUUUUCCUUGCACUUUAAUAAUCUUUUUUUUUUUUGCUUAAAUAGUUUUAACUGUUAAAAUUUAAGCCACUCACUAAAUUCAGAAAGCCAAAACCAUAUACGUGACUUGAAAAUGUACUCAAUUUUAUAAGUUUAAUCAGGGAUGUGUAGUGGACUAAUUGACCUUUGACUUUGUUGUUUUAUUGGUAAAUAAUCAGUUUAUUUUCAACAUUAUAUGGAUAAAGUAUAGGAAUGUUUGACUGUGAUACGAUUUUUUAACUGUCUGUGCAAUAUACAUCCACAGUUCUGUGAUAAAACCACCAUGUAUAGGUAUGUAUCUACUGUAUAUGAAGUUGUUUGACUUUAAAGAUAACUUUAGGGUUAGGUUGUAAAUUAAAUGUUCUCAAAUUUGGUUUAAUUUUAUAGCAACUUUUUGGACUAAAUACAGGUACUGUUUUUAUGAAAAUGUGCUUUAUUGGGUUUGAUACUAGAUCCAUUGUUUGCCUUGUAAAAUUUUAUCUAUUUACUUAAGUUAUCUAUUUACUUAAGUUCAUUUGACAGUUAAAAAUUUAACAUAUAUCAAAUGAAAAGUAUGAUUAUUCGAUAGCAUAAUGAUCUCCUGCCCUUCUAUUUAUAGAUUACUUGUCAUUACCUUCACUAUAUGCGAGACAUUCCAGAUGAUAAUCUUUGAGUUAAUGUCCUUGUAGAUAUUGAAAGCGACUUUUAAGGUAUUUUUUGUCUCAUCUCAAGUCUUGAUAGCAAUGAAAUAUAUUCUUUUUUUUACCAGUGUUGUUACCAAAUAAGGUAUUACUUUUUUGGUAAAUUAUUAUGCUAUAUAUGGUGUUCAGAGAGAUCUGAAUAUUUCUGGGUUCAUGGGUGUUAAUUUAGGCGUUAUUGCCACACAUGGAUUUUACUGAAUAGAAAUGGUUACUAUGGGAUUCCGUCCAGUUAUUAUUAAUUACCAGUCAGGGGUGUACAAUUUCAUAUUCAGGGUACUAGCCUGAAGUACUAGCCUGAAGUACUAGCCUGAAGGCCUGAAGUACUAGCCUGAAGGAAGAUUUUGAAAACUUCUACUUCUCUCACUUAUACUCUAUAGUGUUUGUUAAAAAAAUUCUUAAGUUUUGACAUAAAAUGUACUAGCCCCACGGUAUUGGGCUACAGGAAUUGUACAUCCCUGCAUGUUAACUGUGAUUCCAUCCAAUAUACAAUCAUAUAAUGUCUAGACAUUUAUUUUCCUGGAAUUUUAUGUAGGACUUGUUUGGAAAAUUAUGAAAGUUUUUAUUUCUUUUUGUAAAUGAUGUGUACAGAAUUUAUUUAUUUAAGAAAAUAGAAAUAAUAGUGCUUGGUAAACUUUCCACCAUGUUAAAUAUUUCUUUACCAAUGUGGGUUUUUUUUCUUAUCCGAGUGUGAUACUGAAGUUGAAAAUCUUCCUAAUAUACAUACAGUUCGGUAAAUUAUUUUGUAUGUUCAGUUUAGAUAUGAUUGUUGAAUUCUUAUUUAUAAAUUAUGUUAAUAUGAAAUGCAUAUAGUGUCCUUAUCUUGACAAUAAUGAUUUGAAGACAAUCUCUUUUGUUUGUGGUUUUUAUUUCCUAACUAACCCUUUCAACACUGUAGACCAUGAUGG